CUUGUAUCGUGGCUGCGUGGGGUCAAUCUCCGGGCUGCGACGCUAUCCCUGCAUAUACCGACUUCUAGGUAACAAACAGCCCCUAUGAUCACCCAUCAUCACCAAGCCAGAGACCAAGCUCCUUCAGCCCCACAGCUACUGCUCAAGGCAUCAGCUACCUCCCUACCUAGGUAUUUACCUAUGAUCCCGCCGUCAUCAAACAAACUUGAGAACAUUCCGCAUCACUGCCCUAUAUUUCGUCCAAUUGGUGUACGAGACAGUCGCCCGAGAUGUCCUACUUUUUCUCGACUCCGGUCGACAUCGACAUCGUCCUCGAUGAUACCGACUCGAGACAGAUGGUCGACAUUAAGACCGAUAAGAAUAGGCGCGAGAAGGCACCUCUAUACAUGGAUGGAGAGAGUGUGCGAGGACAAGCUACAAUUCGACCCAAGGACUCAAAGAAGCUGGAACAUAUGGGCAUAAAGGUCCAAUUCAUCGGCACAAUAGAGAUGUUCUUCGAUCGAGGCAACCACUACGAAUUCCUAUGUCUAAACCAGGAGCUCGCAGCCCCGGGCGAGCUGCAGCACCCGCAGACCUUCGACUUCAACUUCAAGAAUGUCGAGAAGCAGUACGAGUCCUAUAACGGCAUCAACGUGAAACUGCGGUACUUUGUGCGGGUGACGGUCGCGCGGCGCAUGGCCGACGUCAUCCGCGAGAAGGACAUGUGGGUGUACAGCUACCGCAUCCCGCCCGAGAUGAACUCUAGCAUCAAGAUGGAUGUUGGUAUCGAGGACUGCCUGCACAUUGAGUUUGAGUACAGCAAGAGCAAAUAUCAUCUCAAGGAUGUCAUUGUCGGCCGGAUCUACUUCCUGCUUGUCCGCCUCAAGAUUAAGCACAUGGAGUUGAGCAUCAUCCGGAGGGAGACAACGGGCGCCACGCCGAACCAAUACAACGAGAGUGAAACAUUGGUUCGAUUCGAGAUAAUGGACGGUUCUCCCUCUCGCGGUGAGACCAUCCCGAUUCGACUCUUCCUCGGCGGAUUUGAUCUGACGCCAACAUUCCGCGAUGUCAACAAGAAAUUCUCGACACGGUAUUACCUAAGUCUGGUGCUGAUAGAUGAGGACGCCAGACGGUAUUUCAAACAGUCUGAGAUCGUCCUGUACCGGCAAGCUCCCGAUGCUAUAACCAAUGAACCUCAAGGCGUUGUAACAGUCCCAGAGGGGAAGAUCCCCCAGCCAUUACCUGCGGCAGCCUAAUGGUUUAUGAAACUAGUAAUUUGUUGUAACGUUGGCGAAGAGGCUAAUUUGAUUGACCUAUUCUGUACAUAUUCAUUAGCGACCUACGAAUUUCUUCAGGGGCAUGGCCGGAUGGCGUUUGGUUGUAGAGGCAUGAAAUCAAAACCCAAGAACUGGCAUUCUGGUAUUUCAGAAU